AUGGCGGUGUGGACGCGCGCCGCCAAGGCGGGGCUGCUGGAGCUGCUGCUGCGGGAGCGCUGGGUGCGGGUGGCGGCGGAGUUGAGCGGCGAGGCGCUGAGCCUCACCUCGGAGCCGCCGCCCGAGCCCGCGGGGCCGCCCAACGGGCUGCCCAACGGCGCCGAGUGGGGCGCGGCGGGGGGCGGCCCGGACCCCCGCCCGCUCUCGCCGCCCCCGGCCGAGCCGGCGCCGCCGGGCGUGCGGCGGGUGCGGGUGGUGAAGGCCGAGGCGGGCGGGCUGGGCAUCAGCAUCAAGGGCGGGCGCGAGAACCGCAUGCCCGUGCUCAUCUCCCGCAUCUUCCCGGGGCUGGCGGCCGAGCGCUGCGGCGCCCUGCGGCUCGGGGACGCCAUCCUCUCGGUGAACGGCACCGACCUGCGCGACGCCACCCACGACCAGGCCGUGCAGGCGCUGAAGCGGGCCGGCCGCGAGGUGCUGCUGGAAGUGAAGUUCAUGCGGGAAGUGACUCCCUACAUUAAGAAGCCGUCGCUGGUGUCAGACCUCCCGUGGGACGGGGCAGCUCCCCAGUCACCGAGCCUGAGUGGCAGUGAGGACUCCGGCUCCCCGAAGCACUACAAUGGCACCAAAGACAGGAAGGUGAUCCCUCUGAAAAUGUGCUUCGCCGCCAGGAACUUGAGCAUGCCGGACCUGGAGAACAGGUUGAUAGAGCUGCACUCACCAGACAGCAGAAACACCCUGAUCCUGCGGUGCAAAGACACAGCGACAGCACACUCCUGGUUCACGGCCAUCCACACCAACAUCAUGGCCCUCCUCCCUCAGGUGCUGGCUGAACUCAAUGCCAUGCUAGGUGCCAACAAUGCCACAGGAAGUAGCAAGGAGGUCAAACACAUCGCUUGGCUGGCGGAACAGGCUAGACUAGAUGGAGGAAGGCAGCAGUGGCGGCCCAUCCUCAUGGCUAUGACAGAGAAGGACUUGCUGCUCUAUGAUUGUAUGCCCUGGACAAGAGACGCAUGGGCAUCACCUUGCCACAGCUACCCUCUUGUUGCUACCAGGCUGGUUCACUCUGGCUCCGGGCGCAGAUCACCUUCUCCGGGAUCCGAGCUCACCUUUGCAACGAGGACAGGCUCUCGCCAGGGCAUUGAAAUGCACGUUUUCAGGGUGGAGACGCAUCGGGACCUCUCCUCCUGGACCAGGAUGCUAGUUCAGGGCUGCCAUGCUGCUGCGGAGCUGAUAAAGGAGGUGUCCGUAGGCUGCAUGUUGAAUGGCCAGGAGGUGAAGCUCACGGUCCAUUAUGAAAAUGGAUUCAAUCUCUCCAGGGAGGAGGCAGGCUCCAGUCGCACCCUGUUCCUCUACCCCUUUGAGAAGCUUAGAGUGUCUGCAGAUGAUGGCAUCAGGAACCUCUACUUGGAUUUUGGUGGCCCUGAGGGGGAGCUGACCCUGGACCUGCAUUCCUGUCCCAAACCCAUUGUUUUUGUGUUGCACACUUUCUUGUCAGCCAAAGUCACCCGUAUGGGACUGCUUGUGUAA